GCAGCCGCCGUCGACGUCGAGCAGCGGCAGUGCAGGGAGAGACUCCCAUGGUGUGUGACGGAGGCCGCUAUGGCCGUUGAUAACCGCUCAGCCUCGGCCCUUUUUAAGAGGGCCGAGCAGUUAAGGCGUUGGCAGGAGAGUGAAACAAAUAAAACAGAGAUUAUUGAUAAUAAUAGGCCUAGGAAAGUGAAUUUUAGUGAUGGCUGCAUCUUUUUAGCAGCGUGUGCUGCAGGGGACAAGCAAGAAGUGUUGCGGCUUUUGGAGAAGGGGGCCGACAUAGACACAGCCAAUGUGGACGGCUUAACGGCGCUUCAUGCGGUAAGGACGGCGUGUAAGAGACGGGACCAGUGUUAGGAGAGACGAGUGAGAUCCGGUUUGUAAAUGAAAGAAAUAAUUCCAGUUCUAAUUCAGACAUGAAUAUUCAGUGUCUCAUGAAUGAAUUCGUUAAUGUAUGUAAUAAACAUUUGAAAUAAAAAAAAAAUGAUGCGACAAAAGAAGUGCAGUGAAGUGCCAGGAAAAGUGAGGAAUGGAAAAGCAUAGGAUAAGGGGGGAAAUGUGUGAGUUCCUUCUCAAAGAGUUCGAAUAGAACAUCGCACAAGAACGAUAAGAUAAGAUAUUAGUCAACAUUAAAUUUUAACGACAGAGUAUUGUUUUAGGUAAGAGUAUUGGCUGGGGAUGAGUAUAAUAGACAGAAUAAGUAUACUCGCUUUUACGUUUGCUAAUGCAUUUGGCGAAUGUGUAGAAAUGGAAAGAGGGAAAAAAGGAAAGAAAGGGAGGGGAGAAUCGAGGGAAUAUGGAAGAACGGGGCAAGGAGAGUGACACAGAGGAAAAGAGUAAGUGGGAGAGAGUGGGAAGAAUGGAAUGAGUGAAUGAUUGAGUGUGUGAGUAAGGGAGGGAAAGCCAGAGAGAAGGGAACUAAGAAAAAAGAGUGAGGGUGUGAGUAUGUGAGGGUGUUAUGGAGUGAGAGAGGAAGAGAGAAAGGAGGGGGCGAGUUUUCUGUACGUCGAGGGGAACGUACGUGCUUCGCGCGUGUGGGACGGCGGGGUUUAACGGCCGCACUUCAUGAGAGUGCAUGACGGCCAGGGAUCAUGCGGCGCUUCGUUCUUGAGACCUGCUGACGGCCAUGAACGCAGUUGGAGGUAAAGAGAAAAGGGAUAGGAAUGGGGGGAUAAAAAGAUGGGAUAAGAGAUACAAGGGAAAGGGGGAAGGAAAAGUGGGAGGAGGGAGGAAGGUGGUAGAAAGGGAAAGGGGGAAAGAAGAUGUGAGAAAGACUGGGUUGAAAGAAUAUGAAAGUUGGGGAGGAGGGUAGGAGAGGGCGAAAAGGGGGAGGAAGAGUGUCAGGUGUUACGUAUUCACAACUCGAAGCAGUAAUUUGGUGGCGAAGAUCUCGGUUAUCGAGGGCAAAGAAGGAAAGAGGAAGAACAAUGGAAAAGGGAAGAAUAGGUCAGAAAACGGGAAGAGAAAAAAUAUAAGUAAGGAAAGAGAGAGAGGGAAGGAUGAAAGGAAAUAAAAUGGGGAGAAAGAGGAGUAUGAGAGGAACGAAGAUACUUGUUAGCGUAGGAAGGAAGGAAGGAAGGGAAGGAAGAGUGGGAGGGGGAAGAAGGCUGGGACAACGACCGUCAUUGUCAUGCCGGCCGUGGCGCCCGGGUUUAUUUGCGGUCGGGUCAUGCCGCCGCCUCUCGCAAGGGGUCGGGCGGGCGGUUGGGCGGGCGGGCGCUCGGUCGGCGCGACACUCCCACCCCCGCCGCUGCCGAACUUGGGCGUCGUCGACGUGAUCCCGAAGCCAAGUGCGAUCGCCGGAAAGGGAAGGGAUGCGCAGGGGAACUCAUCGCCCGUUCCGGUCAGGGGCGGAACCUCCCCGCUGCUUGCCUGCUUGCUGAAGGCUGCGUGAGCGGAGGGCUGCUCAUGUGGGGCUUUGCAGUCAAGUGCGCGCUCUCCUUCUUUUUUGUAUGUGUAUGUGUGUGCGUGCGUGUGCGUGCGUGCGUGCGUGCGUGUGCGUGCGUGUGCGUGUGUAUCUUCUCGUCUUUUCGUCUGUGCGUCUGUCUCCGUGCGCGCGAAUUUGUUUGCUAGUAUAGUGUGUUAAAUUUGUUUGCUAUUGCUUGUGCUUACUAGUUCGCGUGGAUGUGCAUGCGUUUGUAUGUAUGCGUACGAGCGCGAGCUCACGAGCUUUUUCAUCUGGCAACUGAAGAGUACACCUAAGGCAACAUGCGCAAGCAAAUGAACCGAAUCACUGAAAUCGAGUCAUUGUUCCUGUGCAACGCUUCGAGAAGUUCCCUGAAUAUGCAUGAGCGCCGCAUAUGGAGAGGCAGCGCAUAGGUGUGUUCCCAGGUGCAGCGCGGAGCGGAUCGGGCGGCGCUGCGAACGCGCGCCCUUAAUCUCGCGCUUGAUGCUCCGCGCAAUCAGGCCGCACGCGUUUACUUACAUACACAGAUAGAUAAUAAUUGAAAUAAAACAUCUGAAUAAGAAUAAGGGCUAUUACGCAAACAAAACAAUGAUGAGAUGAAAAUUCACGCAGUGAGGAAAAUAAAGGAAUAUAGAAAAUCAGUACGACGAAAAUGAAAAACCUUGUAAUAUAUCUUGCAGACGCCCUGUGUCUCUUUGAUCCCAGGAAGGUGCUUGGGUGUCUUACCGAUUCUCUCUUUGAAAUUGCUUCCAAGAAAUCUGUUUUGUGGAUGAUGUUUGGUGGAGUUACGCCCCAAAGGUGGGCGGGAACUCGGUGAAGGAGAAAGAGAAUGAUAAGGCUGAAGAACGGGGAGAGGAUGCGUAGAGGAAGAAAAAUGAGGAUGAGGGAAAGGAAGUAGAGGAUGAGGAGAAGGAGAAAAGGAGACGGGAUAUGGGCAGGGAAAUUGGAGUAAUGUGAAAAUAAAAUGAAAAACGUAAUGGGUGAUAAUGAUAAAAAUGAUGACGAAGAGAUUUAGUAGAUGACAACGACGAAGGCAAGGGAGGCGAGAGGGACCUCCAGCUCAUUCGGAGGGCGUCUGUGCUCGGCAGAGGACGGUGAACACAAUAAUAAUUGGCAACAUUUAUUAAACGAGAUUAUUCUAACCAUUUUGGUAAGGACGGGGACGGGUGAAGAUCGCGAGUGAUGCGAAAGAAACGGGGCGGAAGAUGUAUCUUGUGCAGAUGUGUGUGGUGGUGGUUGAUUGUGGCCAGCCUUCACGCUGCCCUCCAUCUGCACCCUCCAGCUGUGGCGCCCAGCUGUAGUAUUCUCCUGCAUCGCCUUCCUGCGCCACCCAGAUUUGCCGCCCAAGUGGUCAUGAGAGUCUUCUCCCCCCCAUCUCUCUCCCACUCUCCCUCCCUCCUU